GGCCCAUGCUUACUGGGCGUUCUUGAGAACAGUUGGCGUCAUGAGGGGAAAGGACGUCUCCACAAUGCUCAGGAGGGCGGGGAGCUCUUUGAUAGGCAAGCGAGCGAGGUCAUCUUUACCGAUUGCAGAGGUCGCCGAGCCACAGCUGCCUCCCUUUGAUCACACACCAGCCCCUUAUGAGGGCCCGCCCAAGGAAGAAGUCUAUGCACUUCGCAAGAAAUUCCUCAGCCCAGCUCUAUUUCAUCACUUCAAGGACCCCAUUAUGAUCACUGAAGGAAAGAUGCAGUACCUGUUCGACGAGAGGGGGAGGCGAUACCUGGAUGCCUUUGCUGGCAUAGUCACAGUGAGCGUGGGCCACUGCCACCCAAAGGUGGUGUCAGCAGUGCAGCAGCAGAGCGCGCUGCUGCAGCACACGACCACCAUCUACCUGAACAAUCAGAUCACUGAGUAUGCCAAGGAGCUCACAGACAGGCUACCUGGCAAUCUCAAGGUGGCGUACUUUGUGAACAGCGGCAGCGAGGCGAAUGACAUGGCGCUGAUGAUGGCGCGGCUAUACAGCGGCAACUAUGAUGUUCUGGCGCUGCGCAACUGCUACCACGGCAUGUCCGAGGGCACCAUGGGCGUCACUGCCCAUUCCACCUGGAAGUUCAACGUCCCACAGGGUUUUGGCAUCCGCCACGUGCUGAACCCCAACCCCUACACGGGCAACUUUGGCAACGACGGCGCCAAGUAUGCAGAGGAUGUGAGGGACGUCAUUUCAACAUGCACGCCCGGCGGCGUGGCCGGCUUCAUAGCCGAGACCAUCCAGGGCGUGGGCGGAUCUGUGCCCCUUGCAGACGGCUAUCUACCAGCAGUGUAUGACAUGGUGAGGGAAGCGGGCGGACUCUGCAUCGCCGACGAGGUGCAGACUGGGUUUGGGCGGACGGGGACAAACUACUGGGGCUUCCAGAACCAGGCCGUCGUGCCUGACAUUGUCACCAUGGCAAAGGGCAUCGGGAAUGGGCUGCCGCUGGCUGCGGUGGUGACGACGCCGGAGGUGGCACAGGUGUUGGCGCAGCGGCUGCACUUCAACACAUACGGAGGGAACCCCGUCUGCUGCGCGGGAGGGCGCGCCGUCCUGCGCGUGGUCGACGAGGAUGGCAUCCAGGCCAAUGCUGCCAAGGUGGGGAAUUUGCUGUUGGAGCGGCUGCAUGCGUUGAAGGAGAAGCACGAUGUGAUCGGCGACGUGCGCGGCCAGGGACUGAUGCUGGGCGUGGAGAUGGUCAAGGACCGCGCCAGCAAGCAACCCGCCACCGCGGAGACUGCGCAGGUGAUGGAGCGGCUGAGAGAGCUGGGAGUGCUGAUCGGCAAGGGGGGUCUUCGUGGCAAUGUCUUCCGCAUCAAGCCGCCCAUGUGCCUCACUACAGCGGAUGCAGAGUUCUUGACAGAGGCCUUCGACCUGGCGCUGUCAGAGCUGUGA